AUGCUGUUCGAGGCGUCACUGACUCGGGUCCUCUCAUCAGGAUUAAUUAUUACCAGCAUCCUUGCGGGAAAGGCGUCCGCACUUCCCGGCAGGACCGUCACCACCAGAACUAAAGUCCCUCUCGAUUCGACUGCUCACAGCUGGACCUACGUUAUCCCGAGCCACGUCCAGGAUGGAGCUGCGCGUGUCCGAUUUGACAUUCCCACGACGGGGUCAAAGCUCGAUACCCAGGCAUUGCUGACUUUGGACUCUCCUCAGCUUAGUAUCCUCAAUUCGUCCGUGUUUGACUGGUGGUACUUUGAUGCUGUCUCUGCGCAGGACCCGCGCGAGUCAUUGACCGUCACGUUCUUCACGGCUACUGCGGCCGCGUUCCCCUGGCUUCCAUCGAAUGAGUCAUCGGUGCUAAUUGCGUAUCUUUGGAUUUCGUUUGCGAAUGGGACUAUUUUGGAAGAAUAUGUGCCUGCCACUAUUGCUACGGUUGUGGGCGGACAGGGCGCAAGUUCGCCUAGUUCGGGGAAUUGGUCGUCGACUGGGUUUAGCUGGGCUGCCCUCAAGGAUGAUUUAUCUGCGUAUGAAGUGAUUAUUUCGUCGGAAAAGCUGCAGGUAGAAGGCCGAUUCAGUUUGACAUCAACACUGGGACCUCACUUGCCAUGUGGUAUUACAUCCGAAUCAACAACAUUGGAAUUUGCUCCUCAUAUCGGAUGGGCGGCCUUGAAGCCCAACGCAGUGGGCCAAGUCGAUAUCAACGUGAAGGGCUCUCGUCUACAAUUCCAAGGACCUGCUUAUCACGACAAGAGACCACGCGCUAAAAUUCGAAAGAAUUGGUCGGAUCGACCCUUUGCAGAAUCCGUCCAGAGCUGGUACUGGGGCCACGGCCAGAUCGGCCCUUAUUCGGUCGUCUGGUUUAGUUAUCUGGCGUUGGAUGAUCCGUCCCAGACGACCUAUGUGAGCAGUUAUGUCGCACGCGAUGGGCAAGUGCUGGUUUCAUCCUGCAACUCGACUGUGCUUACUGUUCGUCCCAUUGGAGACCCUGAAACCGGCGCGCGAUAUCCACCACUAGCAGGUGAUAUACCGGAUGGAUUUCAUCUGCAGUUUGACCUCGGAGAGGAAGGUUGGUUGAGAGCCAAUGUCUCCGGAACACGCAUUGCAGGGGAUGGGAAAUAUUACUUCCGAUGGGCAGGAACUAUGACUGGCGAGGUCAGCCAAUCUGAAGCUGAGCGGAGCCAAAAUGCGUGUGACGCUGGGUGUUCAUCAAUCACAGCGCGUGAUGCGGAGUCUGUGUUGACUGGCAGCGCUAUUUUUGAGCAGUUUGUCCUUGCAGAAUAA